CAACUUCUCCAAACUCUUCGCCUCUCUCUUCUGCAGCUCAAUAAAAGGAAGAGGAAGAACUGGAAGACGACGACGACGACUCUUAGGUAGUUGAAGCGAAUCAUCGGAAUCCAUCUCCGUCUCUCUGAAUCGAUCACUUCCAAUCGUCUCCGAGCUCAGAUUCCAAUCAAUGGUCGAUCCAGCUGUAGAGUUAUCUCCAAAUUUUCCGUGUUAUCGCCCAUCGACCCAACCUCUGCAAUUGCUGAUUAGCGUUCGGUCAUUUGUUUCACUGGAAUUUGUUUCCGCAACCCGAGUUUCAGCUUCGACCAGUCAGAACAGUGACUUCUUAUAGCUUCCAGAGAUAAUUUAUGGGUUCUGAUGGUCUGUUGAUAUUUUUUCCGGCGACAGUCAUGUGGGAUGUAUUCUUCUAUAACGUCUAUAUGAAGUCACAAUUUGUCUGUGAUGCGCACUAUUAGCAGUUCCUUGCUAUUGGUUUAGCUGAAGCUUCUUUUGCUUGAGAGGAUAUGAAGGAGAAGAAGACAACAUCUUUGCUUAACCGCAUACUAGUAAAUUGUGCUGCUGAGGCUAAACAAUAUGGCAGUUGUGUUGCAUCAAAGGUUCCAGAAAUUGAACGAGACAUGUGUUUGAAAGAAUUUCUUGGGCUAAAGAAUUGCAUGCAACAAAUGCUCCAACGAAAGGCCUAAUCCAAUAGAGUAUAAUUUGAGGUGCGAGUUCGGUGCAAGUUCAUAAGUUCUAUAUGUUGUCUGUUGAGCUGCAGGCAGAAGCAUCUAAAUAAAGAGAUCUUGCCACAAUCUUCCGAAGUCUUGUUCCCAAGUUCAAAAGACACGGAACUUGGGAAUGUCUGGCCAAGCGUCAAGUUCGCCGCCUGUUGUUGGCUUGAGUGCCUCUGGAGCUCUAUCACAUGUUUAUAUUAAGUAUCCACCUCUAAGAUGCAAUGUUCCUGGAUCAAGGGGCUUGUUUUAUGAUGAUGGAAAUAAGAUGCUACUCUCCCCAACCAGUGAUCAGGUGUUUUCCUGGAAAAUCUUUCCCUUCACUCCGGCUGUUGAUCCUAUCGCCGAUACCAUAAGUGAUGGACCCAUCUUAUCUAUCAAGUUUUCUUUAGAUGGAAAAUUAAUAGCAAUUCAGCGCUCAACUGGCGAAGUACAAUUUCAGCAUCGAGAAACCGGGGAAACUUUUACUCAGAGAUGUAAAUCGGAGUCAGAAAAUAUAUUGGGAUUUUUCUGGACAGACUGUCCACUGUGUGACAUUGUUUUCGUGAAGACCAGUGGGCUGGAUAUGUUUGCUUACAAUUCUGAGUCAAAGACGCUCCAUUUGGUGGAGACAAGGAAAUUGAAUGUGAGUUGGUACGCCUACACACAUGAAAGCCGUUUGGUUCUUCUUGCUUCUGGAAUGCAAUGCAAGACCUUCACUGGAUUUCAGCUUUCAUCUGCCGGGAUCAUCCGCUUGCCUAAAUUCGAGAUGGCGAUGGCCAAAACCGAGGCUAACAGCAUGCCUGUCCUCGCUGCUGAAGAUAUCUAUAUCAUCACUGUGUAUGGUAGAAUAUACUGCUUGCAAGUUGACAGGAUAGCUAUGCUACUUCACUCAUAUAGGUUUUAUCGUGAUGCUGUAGUACAGCAGGGUUCUCUGCCAAUAUAUUCAAGCAAGAUUGCUAUCAAUGUGGUUGAUAACGUCUUGCUGGUUCAUCAAGUGGAUGCAAAAGUUGUUAUUCUGUACGAUAUAUUUUUAGACUCUCGAGCACCAAUAUCAGCCCCACUUCCCCUUUUAUUGAGGGGUUUACCAAGGUCCAGUAGCAUAGGUUCGAGGUCUAAUGGUAAAAGUGGAGACAGUUCAGAGGCAGAUUGUCUAAGUGAGCAUGAAGCUACGGUCUAUGGGGAUGACUGGAAUUUCCUCAUCCCAGACCUUGUAUAUGAUUUCUCCAACAAACUUUUGUGGAAGAUUCAUCUCGAUCUAGAGGCAAUUGCUGCCAGUAGUUCUGAUGUGUCAUCAGUGCUAGAUUUUCUACAAAGACGGAAACUAGAAGCCUAUAAGGCUAAGCAUUUAUGUUUGGCAAUGGCACGCACUGUCAUUCUAGAGCGCAGACCUUUGUCAAUGGUUGCGAGGGUGAUAGAUGUUUUGGUUUCUUCUUAUGCCCAUUCACUCAAAACUGGUAGUUAUUUCAAAGGAGCAAGAACCGAGAAACUGCCAGCUUCUAGCUCGCUGCAUGCAACUUCUCCUGUAGCUGGUGAUUAUGCUUCUGCUAGCAGAGUAAAUAUUACUGGAAAAACUUUGGAACAUGAAGCUGGUAUUCUGGAAGGGGAAUCUUUUCGUAGAUCAACUUCAUCGGGGUCAGACUCGGAGGAGAAUGGCAAUAUGGGACAUUUAAGAACUGACUCAAACAUUGGUAGCAGUAAAGCGCUCAUGGGUGCUGAAACUCAUAGAGCUGGGGCUCAAUCAUCUUCUUUACAAACUGAAAAUGGUGGGACAAGGAACAACCUUUUGACCGCUUCUGUUUCUGAGCAGCAGGAGCCACAACUUACUUCACCAGCAAUUUCCCCUGACGAGAUGUACAGUUUUGUGUUUUCUCCUGUUGAGGAAGAGAUGGCCGGUGACCCAUCUUAUCUGGUCGCCAUCAUCAUUGAGUUCCUUCGUAGUGCUAGCUCAGAAAAGAUAAAGUUGCAUCCAAAUAUCUAUGUCUUGAUGGUGCAACUUUUAGCCCGCAAUGAGCGAUUUGCAGAACUUGGGCUUUUCAUUAUAAAUAAGGUUGUGGAACCUUCUAGAGAUGUUGCAUUGCAACUACUAGAAUCUGGAAGACAGAAUUAUCAAACUCGGAAGUUGGGUUUAGAUAUGUUGAGGCAGCUCAAUUUACAUCAUGACUAUGUCAUAUCUUUGGUUCAAGAAGGUUAUUAUCUUGAAGCUUUACGUUACACAAGGAAGCAUAAGGUGGUAACCGCGCGGCCGUCUUUGUUCCUUGAAGCAACGCUAGCCUCGAAGGACCCGCAGCAUCUAGCUGCAGUCCUUAGGUUCUUCUCGGACUUUAUGCCUGGGUUCAGUCACACUUCAGAUUACAAGUCGUACUACCAUAUUUUUACUGAGAUGAGCACUGCUCCUGCUUGAUAUAAAGCUGAAGCUCCUCCAUGGGCCCGCUUGGUUACCGGCUGCGGCCUCUUCAGAUACAUGAUACAUCGGGUGAAUUUGGAAAUGGAUGGAGAGAAAACAAGUUAUUGCUGGAUAAUUGUCAAGUGAAAUGUCCGCUCAACUCGGAGAUUGUAACAGGUCUUUAUAGAAGGUUGAUCAAGUUGUUUCACAGAUCAUUUGAACCAAUGGAGGUCGUAGGUUACUGUUGGUCUUGCUGUAGUUUGGGGAUUUUGGAUAUUAUCUUUGAAGGUAGAGCAAAUACAAUGCAUCAAAUUGUAGAGGUUUUUAGUGUUUA